CACUGUCAGCGUCUCCAGCCAACUUGGAAUGAUUUGGGAGAUAAAUACAACAACAUGGAAGACCCACAGGUCUAUGUUGUUAAAGUGGAUUGUACUACAAAUACUCCACUGUGCUCUGAAUUUGGCGUCCGAGGAUACCCUACCCUAAAGCUGCUUAAACCAGGACAAGAACCUCUGAAAUACCAAGGCCCGAGGGACUUCCAGGCACUGGAAAAAUGGAUGUUGGAGAAGCUAAAUGAGGAGCCAUCUGUAAGUGAAAAGGAAGAUCUAGAGGCUGAUGUGGAACCACCAAAAGCCCCUGAACCUAAGCAGGGAAUGUAUGAACUCUCAACAGACAAUUUCAAGAUGCACAUAGCAGAAGGUAAUCACUUUAUCAAAUUCUUUGCCCCUUGGUGUGGUCACUGCAAGGCUUUGGCCCCAACCUGGGAACAGCUGGCUCAAGCCUUUGAGCAUUCGGAAACCGUCAAGAUUGGCAAGGUCGACUGUACCCAGCAUUACGAAGUCUGCUCUGAAACCCAAGUUCGUGGCUAUCCCACGCUCCUCUGGUUUAGGAAUGGUGAAAAGGGUGACCAGUACAAAGGGAAGAGGGACUUCGAUUCCUUAAAAGAAUAUGUGGAUUCCCAACUACAGAGCUCUGGGAAAGAGGUACCAGCAGAUAAACCCGCUGAAGCCCUGCAGCCACCCGCAGAACCCCCCCGCGUUGAGGCUGCAGUGCUCUCUCUCUCUGAAAAAGACUUUGAUGCAGCCAUUGCCAGGGGGAUCACCUUUAUUAAAUUCUACGCUCCGUGGUGUGGUCACUGUAAGAACUUGGCUCCAACUUGGGAGAACCUUGCCAAAGAGCAAUUUCCAGGUUUGACGGAUGUCAAAAUAGCCGAAGUAGACUGCACUGUGGAACGUAAUGUCUGCAGCAGAUUUUCUGUCCGUGGUUAUCCUACACUUCUGCUUUUCCGAGGUGGAAAGAAAAUCAGUGAGCACAAUGGAACGAGAGACCUGGAGUCGCUGCAUAGCUUUGUCUUGCGUCAGGCAAGGGAUGAAUUGUAA